CUAUCAAGAGACUCUCUUCUGCUCUUCCUUACUUCCGCACUUUCAUUCAUUUCUGAACUUCUCAGAGUGGAAAGGAGUAUACGCGUAGAGCGAGUAAGUUGAAUGCAAGUUGCCGUAGGCAGUGUUUCAGAGACCCAAAGGCAUUCCAGACAAGUUCAACCAACACACAUCGAAUUUACAUACUCCACAGAAACAUCCAAACAUGAAUGGAUCGAUACUUCCAAUCUGCCUGGCUCUAUGUCUGGCUGGCUGGGCUGUAUCUGGCGCUUCUAUUGAAGCUCAGAAGACCUCUUCUGUCUGUUACCUCUGUAACAAAACUCAAUGCCAAAAUAUUGAGUCUGUUUAUGACCAUUUGUCGACUAAUUCGGCCCUGUGGUCACGAGGUGAAAUGGCUGAGCUGCCUCCCUGUCCCACAACCUCCCCUCCACCAUCUGGAAAAUGCUUGUUGUGUGUUAAGAGCCAGAAGGUCUACACUGCGUGUGACUCAGAGAUCAUCAAGCCAGCCUUUGAGGGCCAAGGCAGCUCCAUGCCUGUCAUCGAAGCCAAUUGCACUGGCAUUGUUUCAACUGAUCAGACGGACAGAGCUGGAGGUUCAGCUUGGAGUCCUGAUCCAAUUGCCCCAACAAUGACCCCUGAGGGCACUGGCAGGUUAUCCAAGGAAACAAGAUUCGCUAUUGUGUCAAUCCCAAUUGCCUUCUCCGUCAUCUUCAUACUCAUUGUUGUUUUGCGCAGAAGGACCAGAUCAAGUGUUGUCUGGUGUCCACAUCAGAUGUCCACUUCUGAAGUCCACUCAGAGCAGCACCAGACCCAGUUAAAGUUAUUAAAGAGAAAGGUUGAUAUUGUGUAAGACAAGGAAAAGAGGAAGUGAUGGACCUGAAUGUUGUCUACUUCCUGGCUAUGGUUUAACUUGAGGAAACAGUAAGCUCUGUUAGAAAGCCAGGUUGUUACAUUUUGAUAGCUUUUACUCUGCACUUUUGCAGCAGGGUACAUGAGUGUCUUGGGAUUCCUAGGGCCUGGAAGUAAAGUCAGGGAGAGAUCUCAGUGACAGACUUACACAGAGGGUCCUGCCAUUUUAAACCACAUACUUUUUGAUUCGCCAAGUUUGCGUGUUUUGCACGUCUAUAUGGUUGAUUGAAACAUAUGGAGUUAAUAAUUACGUUAUGUUUCAUUUAUAUUCAUUUAUGUUUAUUAUGUUUUUACCAUUGAUAGUGUUUGCAAGGUACUGUAAUUGUUUAUUAUGUUUUUACCAUUGAUAGUGUUUGCAAGGUACUGUAAUUGUUUAUUAUGUUUUUACCAUUGAUAGUGUUUGCAAGGUACUGUAAUUGUUUAUUAUGUUUUUACCAUUGAUAGUGUUUGCAAGGUACUGUAAUUGUUUAUUAUGUUUUUACCAUUGAUAGUGUUUGCAAGGUACUGUAAUUGUUUAUUAUGUUUUUACCAUUGAUAGUGUUUGCAAGGUACUGUAAUUGUUUAUUAUGUUUUUACCAUUGAUAGUGUUUGCAAGGUACUGUAAUUGUUUAUUAUGUUUUUACCAUUGAUAGUGUUUGCAAGGUACUGUAAUUGUUUAUUAUGUUUUUACCAUUGAUAGUGUUUGCAAGGUACUGUAAUUGCAAGUGCUUCUCAUCGUAUGUGCGCUUCCCUUGUCUUUUGUCAGAAUAAAUAACACCAAAGAACUGGGA